AUGAUGGUCGAGGAAUUCUUCUCAUCCAUCUGUGGACCGCCACUAUCCAGCAACACGGCCAUUGCCAAGGACGUUGGGAUUUACACGCAUUCUCUGUGGCCGACAUUUGCUGCAAAGUCGGCAUUCAAGAAGAGCUCAACUCCGCGAUACUGUCUUGUCGCCAAUCAGACACACGUUUUUGCCGCCCAGCACGAGAAGGCUUAUGUCCAUGUCUACUCGCGUCUUCGUGGUAACCAGGAGGCCUUUGUUGCUCUCCCUGAGAGGAUAAGAUGCUUGACGCUGGCCGGCGAUGUACUCAUAUCGGGGACUGUUGAGGGCAGGAUCAUGCUGUGGGAGACAAGCACAGGCAGGAUGGUUUCUCUGCCUCCCUGUCACGUCCAGGCCGUGUCCUGCAUGGUAGCCACGCCAUAUCAUCUCCUGACCGCUUCCGACGACUCCAACAUCCAUGUGUGGAGCCUCGCCCAGCUUCUGGAGCUUGACAGCAACGGGGAGCGUGAGCCUAUUGUCAGCUUCUCCAACCACAGAGGCGCCAUCACCGCCAUCGCGGCAUCGUCGGGCGACAGCGAGGAGACCAGCCUGUGCGUGUCCGCAAGCAAGGACAAAACUUGCAUUGUCUGGGACUAUCGCACUGGUGCAGUCCUCCGCACAUUGUUGUUCCCUACUUCCCCCUUGUGUCUUGUGCUUGACCCGUGCUCAAAAGGUGUUUUCGUCUCUACGGAGAAUGGCUCCAUCUUCUCCGUCGAGUUUUUCGGUCCAAAGCCGCUGCUGGGACCCAACAGCGAGGAAUCGUCUACUGUCGUACAGAUCACAUCACCUUUUUGUGUUGCGCCCUCAGAAUCCGGCCCUGCCUCUUGUCUGGGCUUGACAUACGAUGGCACGGUCCUUCUGUCCGGGCAUCCCAAGGGACAGAUCCACGCGCGGAGCAUCACCGACAAACAGGCCAGCAGUGGCGCAAAGGAGCUUACGAACUUGAAUGCUGCCGUGACGAACAUAAUCGUGGACCCGCCACUUUCGCGCAGUAGCAAGUCCACCAAGGCGUGGAAUGUUAUCAAACCGUCCCAAGUCCAGCGUGCGUACACCAUUACCGCCCAGUUUGAGGCUGAUCUCAGAUCUGAGACACGAUUCCACGCAAUGCUCAAAACGCCAGGAUUCUUGGAUGAGACUCUGGAAAAUGCCAUAUCCACUUUCUUGCAGCCGGCGAACGAGGACCUCGCCGACCAAGUAUUGCUUGCCCUAGACGAACACAAAGAUAUGGUUUUUCGUUCGCCCUUUGCCAAGGCCGCGUAG